ACUGCUAGGAAAAUCGGGCCAUGGUUGUUUUCUAACCUUUGCUCGCUGUGUCUCUCUCCCUUUCCUCUCUCUCCGUCCAACGACGCCGCGAUCCAGAUCCAGGGCAUCCUGCCGCCGCCGCGGACUGCGCCUAUCUUCCUUCUGCAGCGGCGGGGCAUCGCCGUCGUCGUCGAUCAUCCCCUGGGCUGGAUCGGGGCGGAGAUCCAGCCGGAACUGCGGUGAUCCCUUCCUUUUCUCGGUAGGGUAGUGUAGUGAGCGAGCCAAUGGAGAGGUAAUUCGCCAGGUCAGGCUGGUAUCAAGUUCCUGGUUCAUGGUGCCUGGAUGAGCAGUGGAAGAGAUGCUACUGGCCGUGGAAGGAGGAGGGUUCUUCUCGUCUUCAGCGUCAGGGUACAGCCAUGGCCUCGCGCUCUUGCUGCUCGGGCGGAAAGCUGAGGAGAAGCCCGUCAAGGUCUCGCCGUGGAACCAGUACCGGCUAGUCGACCGGGAGACCGAGCAGGUGUACCAGCUGCCCUCCGCGGCCAACGCCAAGGACCAGGCGCCUGGGAAAUGCGCUCCCUUCGUCUGCUUUGGGUGCACGGCGAAUGGGCUCGAGGUGGCGUCUCCUCCCAAAGCGGCCUCCAGCAGUGCGCCCGGUAACGGUGCCUCACAGGAAGAAGCCUCUUGUUCAGCAAACAAGACGUUGACCACUAGUGGCUCCAUCGGUGGCAGUGAGAGACGAGGCUGUCUUAAGAGCAACUCCAAAAGGGAUUCUUUGGAGCACCGUAUAGUGGUGAGCGAGGGUGAAGAACCGCGCGAGUCUGUGGAAGAGGUGCAGACCUUGAGAUCUAGCGUGGAACGGAGGAAAGUUCAGUGGACAGAUACAUGUGGAAAGGAGCUUUUUGAGAUAAGGGAGUUUGAAACAAGCGACGAGGGCUUGUCAGAUGAUGAUGCAGAAAACGAAGGUUUCCGGAAAUGUGAGUGUGUGAUUCAGUAGAUUUCAUGUCUGCACAACAAGCCUGACAGAAACAUCUCCUCAUGGUAAGCCUGUGUCCUGCUUGAAAGGAUGUGCCGCACCGGUGACUUCUUUGCAACUGAAAUGAUCGACGACAGUCGAAACAAAGCAAACAGUGACAAGUCGAUAUUGUGCUAGAUUAUUUGUUGGUUCUAUGCUUAACUAGUCAGCAGGGUUAUAGUUUCGAAGCCCACCUGUACAAUAUCAAUAUCUCCUUUCUUUCUUUUCUGUCAUUUUGUUUUUCUGGCUUUCCAUUGUGUUUUCACGCCCGCUGUACCAUAUAAGGCUGCCCUGUUACUUCUGCCUGGGAUUUUGGAUCCCUGACUUCAUUCUGUUCCCUUUUGUUUUGCACCUGACGUGUUGAGUGAUGAAUUGUUGACAUUUUUGUCCAAAUUGGUAAAAUCCAUUCUUCGUUGCAUAA